CUUCCCAACACACCCACUGACAACCCUACUCCCAACACACCCACUGACAACCCUACUCCCAACACACCCACUGACAACCCUACUCCCAACACACCCACUGACAACCCUACUCCUAACACACCCACUGACAACCCUACUCCCAACACACUCACUGACAACCCUACUCCCAACACACUUACUGACAACCCACUGACAACUGACAACCCUACUCCCAACACACCCACUGACAACCCUACUCCCAACACACCCACUGACAACCCUACUCACAACCCUACUCCCAACACACCCACUGACAACCCUACUCCCAACACACCCACUGACAACCCUACUCCUAACACACCCACUGACAACCCUACUCCCAACACACCCACUAACAACCCUACCAACACACCCACUAACAACCCUACUCCCAACACACUCACUGACAACCCUACUCCCAACACACCCACUAACAACCCUACUCCCAACACACCACACAACCCUACUCCCAACAACCCUACUAACACACCCACUGACAACCCUACUCCCAACACACUCACUGACAACCCUACUCCCAGCACACACACUGACAACCCUACUCCCAACAGACCCACUAACAACCCUACUGACAACCCUACUCCCAACACACCCACUGAC